AUGGCAGAACGAAAGGUGCCAAACAUCCUGAUCACAGGAACACCAGGAACAGGGAAGACAACGACGGCAGAGAAGGUUGCAGAGGCUUUAGCAGGCUUCACGCAUGUGAAUGUGGGAGAUCUUGUAAAGACAAAAUCUUUGCAUGCAGGGAAACAUGAAGACGAAGAGUUUGACAGUAAGGUUGUAUUGUUUCAAUGGCUGGGUCUUAGAUGGCACAGCUUUCAUACUGGACGAAGAUUUGAUUGCGACGAACUUGAAGACCAGAUGUCCCAAGGGGGAAACGUCGUAGACUUCCACACCUGCGACUUUUUCCCUGAGAGAUGGUUUGAUCUGGUCGUUGUUCUUCGAACAGACAACGACAUUUUAUACCCAAGAUUGGAGAAGAGAGGAUAUAGCACGAAGAAGAUUCAAGAAAAUGUUGAGUGCGAGAUCAUGUGUGUAGUUGCUGAAGAAGCACGAGAAUCAUACAAAGAAGAAAUCAUUUGGAUGCUGCAAAGCAACUCCAUCCCAGACUUGGAGGCGAAUGUUGCUAGAAUAACCCAUCAAGUCAAACAAUGGACGGGGAUGUAA